GCUCAAGUUGCUUCCAUGGCCAGUGACCGAGAAGAGCAAACCAUGCCCACCGGAUCUGCUUCCAUGGCCGAUUCAAAGGCCACUCCUUGCUUAAGGUCACCUCCACCAGAUUUGAUUAAACUCUUCCAAGACCAGAACCUUCAAGAUGAUAUAAACAGGAUACUCCAAAAACAGAAGCCAUGCCAUUCAAACCAAACUUUUGUUCCGCACAAAAAAUCUCAGAUUUUGGGCCCUUAUUUUGUGUCUCAGCCACCAGCUUCUCUUGCCUCCAUUUACCCACAGCCUAAAGAACAUCUUCUCCCCUUCCAGGUAAAACCUGACUGGAAUAAAUGGAUUGGCUCUUUUGGUGCUUGGCCGGUUUGGAGAAAAUCAGAAUGGACUGACUGGAUAAACCGUCUGGAACCUGCUUUUGGUCAAAUUUGGAGAGAUGCUGGCUUGUUUGAAUUUAUACAACUCACCAAAUGCAGAUUCCCCAUGGACAAGCCGGUCUUGGGUGCGGCUUUGUUAUUCUGGUCUGGCUCUUUCAACUGUUUCCAUUUUCCCUGUGAAGCCAUGUCUGUAAGCCUUUUUGAUGUCAGCUCGUUAACCGGAUUGCUCUGUACUGGAGAAGAAAUUUCAGCAUUGUUAACCCUGCCUCCAGGUGUUGAAUACAAUGUAGAAUUGAAGCCCUCUUAUCCAGCUUUCGUGAAGUCUGCCUAUGAUAAAAGUAAGCCUGUUAGUGCUGAUGAGCAUAUUUCAUUUUUGCUUACUUUGAUUGGCAAAUAUAUAGUCUGCUCUGCUGGUAAAGGUCCCACUAAAGAGUUUAUUCCCUUAGCGGUUGCUUUAGCACAUGGCAAACAAAUGGCUCUGGGUCCUUUUUUGCUUGCUCAUUUAUACAGGAGUUGCCAAGACAUCGCGGCUCACCCCUUAGUCAUUAGUGGUGGGCCGCUUUGGGUUUUGCAGCUGUGGUUGUAUUCUUAUUUUCCAGCCCUAGCUCCUGUCUCAUCCGCUGUUCCAGCCUGGGAUCUACUUACUUACGGCUUCAUGUUCAAGAAUGCCGUGGAGAACGAGAAGAACUUCGAGGAGUGCCUCAAGUUUUUUGCUUCUCUGUCUGUUGAUCGUCCCGAUGCAGACUUUGCUGUGUUUCUUGGCAGAUCUCACGGUCCUUCAUGGUACAGGGCCGAUGUCCAAUCCCCAGAGUUCAAAGCAUUUUGGUCUGUUUGUGUAACCUCCCGAGAUUUGUUUGUUGGCUGUAGUUUGAACACUCUCAACUCCAGAUGUGGCAUGGAGCUUUAUGCACCGAACCAAUUCUGUCAGCAGUUAGGGUACUGCCAAGACAUACCAUUCCCGCCACUAUUUUCCUUCAACUACAGCUAUCCCUUUCGGUUCAUGAUUGGGGAUUCAAAGAUUUUGGUUACCAAACUUGCUGACAUCAGAAACACUCUGCAGACACUGAUCCUACCAGACCCUCCAUUCAGACCAAGCUGCACUUCCGCUUACAAAAGUUGGUGGCGAGACUACUUUCAUCCUCGGUUUCUUGGUGUUAUGGAGAAUAUUUCUGUUCUGGCCCCUCCACAGCUCACCAAAAAAUCUGAAGGGAAGAAAGUAGUAAAAGAGAAUGAGGACCUGGAAUCUGUCAUGGCCGCCCAGAUCAGCCAGCCAAAUCUGCCAAGGAGAAUUCCCAAACUUCAAGUCAAAAGGAAAUUUGCUACUCCUGCAGAUUCCACGGAAGAAGAUACCCCCUCCAAGCAGCGAAGAACUGGAGGUAAAUUCGCUUUGGCUUGCAACUUUCCAAAAAACUUAUCAAAUCUGCCUCUCCCUCGAGGUCCUCUUCUGCCACGAAAACCGAGACAACCUGACAAAGCAGAAGAUGUUUCUCUCGGUCCUGCUGCCACAAAAGCUCCUGUGGAGGACAUACCUGCUGAGGGUGAUGGAAGCAAUUCUGGCUCCUCUCACACCAAAUCUGGCGAUGGUUCUUCACCCGCCACAAAGGUUAGGGGUUCUAGAUUCUCUUUACGCAUAGCAAGUAAAAGCUUUAGAACAAUUAGACCGAAUGAACUCAUCGAUCUAAGCCCAGACAAAGAGAAUACCCCUACACCCGUAGCCUCUCCUACUAGGCAUGUUCAUGUUGAUGACAUUGAGGUUGUUUUACUUGUUGCUGCUGAUGUGCCCAUGAUUGAUGAUGAUUUGGAGAAUGAACUCCUUGCUCAGCUGGAUAUGUUGAUGGAUACUCCGGCUAAAUCUGGAUCUGCCACAGAUAGCAAAGGGAAGGCAGUUGCUGAAGAACUCCUUGGUGGCGGUCCUUCCCAUUUCUGCAAGGUGCCGGACCAGCCAGCCGCCUUUGAAGCGGCUCAAAUCCUUAGCCGAGCUCCACAAUUAUCAUCAUCUCAACAAAAAUUCUGGGCAGACUUCACCUCCAUUUAUACGCACUUCAGCAAGAGAUUUCGGGUGUUAGAAAGCAAAGUGGCAACUGCAGAAUCCGUGAAAAAAUCUGUAGCAGAUAGCACCGCUGCUGUCUUCAAGAAGAAGGAAGAAUUCAUGGCAGCAAAGGAAGCUCAUAUCAUGCAAGUCACCCAUGUCCAAGGGCUUAAAGAAAAAAUCUCAAACCUUGAAGACGAGCUUUCGGAGUUGAGAAACCAAGUUCCUCUCGCGGAGCAGAGUGAGAAGAAUUUGGCAGAACAGAGAAACAAGCUCCGCGUAGACAUGGAAGUUGGUUUGAAAUCUGCAGCCAAGAUCAAGGAGCAGCUACCUUCUUUCACAGCCUUUGCAGAUGAAGCCGCCGAAGAGAUAAAGAACAUGAGAGAAGAAUGGAGUUCAUGGCAAAACAACCUUAGUUGAUUUUUCUCUUAUGUAUCUCUGUCUCUUUGUUGAAAUUGCACAUUGUCAUGUUUGAACAUAUUGUUUGCGGCCUAUUGGCCAUGCAAACUUCUUUUCAAUGUUGAUCUCUUUCUUGGCUCAUAUUCUGGAAAUCUGCUUGUACUUUUCGUCUAUACUAUGGUACAGGUUGAAAUCUGUCAUGGCCGAAAUCUGGCCACUGUGGUGGUUCACAGCCAGAUCUGGCCUACUCACAGAUUUCGCUCAGCACUUUUAUUGAAUGAUAAAAUGCUUAAAACAAU